AUGCCUCUGGAACUCCGACAAGUGGAAAAGGGCGAUUUCGCCGACAUUGCCAAAUUGGACCAAAUUGCGUGCCCGAAUGAAGGCGUUGUUCACAUCAUCAGGCAACUUCAAAGAGAUGAAGGCAUGGACGUCUCGACCUCGUUUGCACAAUGGAUAGCGACUGGAACGGAGCAUCAUGCAGGCACAUUCUGGAAGGUGGUGGACAGCGACACCAACGAGGUGGUGUCAGUGGCCAAAUUUACGUUUCAGUACCACGAAGGCGAGGCGUAUCAGGAUACACCCACCCCACCUGUCGAAGGCGAGACACCUCUGCCCAAGAGGCUGAUUGAAUUCUUCGCAUGGCUCAACAAAAUAUCGGAUGAAUAUGCUAAAGAUCAUUUUAAGGGCAAGCCGCAUGCGUAUCUAAUGUAUCUCUGCACGCACCCAGGUCAUCGAAAGCGUGGAGCAGCGGGCAUGCUACUCGAGAAGGGAACGCAACUGGCGGACAUGGCAGGACUGGACAUGUACCUUCAAGCGUCGUUGAUGGGAGUUCCGUUAUACAGAAAAUUUGGAUUCGAAGUAGUGCGGGUCGGAGAAAUCGACCUGAGUCAAUGGGGAGGGGACAAGUUGGACAGCCGAACAUUCAUGAAGAGGAAAACUCGAGGAGUUCGUCAAUAA